AUGGCCAACAUUGAAAAGGUGUCGAUUCUUGGGUCGGACUCCAUCCACAUUGGAUAUGGUAUUCAAGACCAUAUUGUGGGGGAAAUUCUUGCCACGCAGCACUCGUCAACCUAUGUGAUUAUCACCGAUACCAAUAUGGCCAAAACGAGCCCAUACGCAAAAUUAUCAGCCAACUUCAAACACCAGUUGAGUGUAAAAAAACCCGAGUCGAGGUUGUUGACCUACACUGUUCCACCGGGAGAAGACAACAAGAACCGGGAGACCAAGGCUGCUGUCGAAGACUACCUCUUACAACAAGGGUGUACCAGAGACACAUUGAUCUUGGCGGUUGGAGGUGGUGUCAUUGGAGACAUGAUUGGGUUUGUGGCUGCCACCUUCAUGAGAGGAGUGCGGUUCAUUCAGAUCCCCACCAGUUUGUUGGCGAUGGUCGACUCGUCGAUUGGGGGAAAGACUGCUAUUGAUACUCCGUUGGGGAAGAACUUUGUAGGAGCUUUCCACCAGCCCAAGUACGUUUUCAUCGAUGUAUCUUUCUUAGAGACUUUGCCCACCAGACAGUUCAUCAAUGGUAUGGCCGAGGUGGUGAAAACAGCCGCCAUUUGGAACGAGGAUGAGUUCACCAGAUUGGAGAAUUUUGCCAAAACUUUUAUUGAGGUGGUUUCCAACACUCAGGUACAAUUGUCCAGUAUUAAGCAGGACCUCAUCAAAACCGUAUUGGAAUCGGUCAAGGUGAAGGCGGACGUGGUUUCCAACGAUGAGAAGGAAUUGGGCUUGAGGAACUUGUUGAACUUUGGUCAUACUAUCGGACAUGCCAUUGAGGCUGUUUUGACUCCAGAAGCGUUACACGGAGAGUGUGUUUCUGUGGGGAUGAUUUUGGAGGCCGAAUUGGCUAGAUACUUCGGCGUUUUGUCGCCUGUGGCCGUGGCCAGGUUGUCCAAGUGUCUUGCCUCAUACCAUCUUCCUAUUUCUAUUGACGAUGAGGGAUUGUUGCAAAAAGUGGGAAACAAGCGUAAGAACAUCAACUUGGACAUUUUGUUGAAGAAAAUGUCGAUUGACAAGAAGAACGACGGUAGCAAGAUCAGAUGUGUUUUAUUGGAAAGCAUAGGAAAGUGUUAUCAAUUGAAGGCACAUCAGAUUUCGAAACAGGACUUGGGUUUCGUGUUGACAGACGAAACAUUGGUGCACAACUUUGAUGCCAACCGAAUCCCAACUUCGAAUGUAGUAAUUCCUCCCGGCUCCAAGUCUAUCUCCAACAGAGCCCUUGUGUUAGCAGCAUUGGGUGAAGGUACCGUUAGGAUCAAAAACUUGCUUCAUUCCGACGAUACGAAACAUAUGCUUGCAGCUGUGUCGACCUUAAAAGGAGCUGCAAUCUCAGCUGAAGACAGUGGAGAAACAUUGAUUGUGAAGGGAAAUGGUGGGAAAAUGUUCACGACUGGUGACCAAUUAUACUUGGGAAAUGCUGGUACUGCUUCCAGAUUCUUGACUACAGUGGCAUCGUUGGUGGGUAUCAACCCUGAAACCAAUGAGAAGCACGUUAUAUUGACUGGAAAUGCUAGAAUGCAAGAAAGACCAAUUGGACCAUUGGUGGAUGCUUUGAGAGCCAACGGGUCUCUCGUUGAAUACUUGAACAGCCAAGGUUCUUUGCCAUUAAAGAUUGAGGCUGGAAGAGGCUUGAAAGGUGGCAGAAUAGAAUUGGCUGCAACCAUUUCGUCGCAGUAUGUUUCUUCCAUAUUAAUGUGUGCCCCAUACGCUGAUGAGCCUGUUACGUUGGUGUUGGUAGGAGGAAAGCCCAUCUCACAGUUGUACAUCGAUAUGACAACUGCGAUGAUGAGAGACUUUGGAAUUGAAGUCACCAAAUCCACUACUGAAGAGCACACCUACCAUAUUCCAAAGGGUGUCUACAAAAAUCCUGCUGAAUAUGUGGUUGAGUCUGAUGCUUCGUCGGCCACCUAUCCAUUGGCAUUCGCUGCCUUGACGGGUACUUCUGUCACAGUACCAAACAUUGGCUCUGCUUCUUUACAGGGCGAUGCCCGUUUUGCUGUGGAUGUGUUGAAGCCAAUGGGAUGUAAAGUUGAUCAGUCCACUCACUCCACAACCGUCACUGGUCCACCGGUGGGUACUUUGAAGCCUUUGCCUCAUGUGGAUAUGGAGCCUAUGACAGAUGCUUUCUUGACUGCUUCUGUGGUAGCUGCUGUGGCAGUGGAUGGAAGUCAAUCCACUUCCAUCACUGGUAUUGCCAACCAAAGAGUGAAAGAGUGUAAUAGAAUCGAGGCCAUGGUGACUCAGUUAGCCAAGUUUGGUGUCAAGGCCAACGAAUUACCAGAUGGAAUUGAAAUCCAUGGUAUUGACUACAAAACCUUGAAGUCUCCAACUGCAGAAGUUGGAGGUGUCCACACUUACGACGAUCAUAGAGUUGCUAUGUCGUUCUCAUUACUUGCUGGAUUGUGUCCUGAACCAGUCUUGAUCCUUGAAAGAUCAUGUACUGGGAAAACCUGGCCUGGCUGGUGGGAUAUCUUACACACCAAGUUCAACGUUGAGCUUGAUGGUCAUGAACCGGAGAAAACUCUCAACAAUACCAAUGACCUCCGUGAUAGAAACAUUAUCAUCAUUGGCAUGAGGGCUGCUGGUAAGACCACCUUAUCUAAAUGGAUUUCUAACCAUUUGGGUUACAGUUUCCUUGAUUUGGAUGACAUUUUCGUUGAAAGAUUCAAGGACAUCAGAGAGUAUAUCAAAGAACACGGUUGGGAAGCGUUCCGUAAAGAAGAAGCUGCUAUUGCUGCUGAGUACGUUGGGUCUCAACAUAAGAGGUUUGUGAUCUCGACUGGUGGUGGAAUAGUUGAGUCGGCCGAAUCUCGGAAGUUGUUGAAAAAGUACGUCGAAGACGGUGGUAUUGUGUUGCACUUGCAUCGCGAUAUCGAAGAGACCGUUACUUUCUUGUCUGCGGACACUUCAAGACCAGCUUACAUAGACGAAAUUAAGGAGGUUUGGAAUAGGAGAGAAGAUUGGUACUACGAAUGCUCCAGUCAUCACUACUACUCCCCACACUGUGCCACAUCUGAGGAGUUUGAAAAUUUGAGAAGCGUCUUUGUUAAGUUUAUCAAUUCCAUCACCGGUUUAUCGCUGGUGCAAGUUCCAACCAAAAAGUCAUAUGCUUUGGAGGUGACUUGCCAGAGCACUAAAGAGUUGAAGAAAGACUUUGAGGAAAUCAGUGUGGGUGUUUCGGCUGUGAAGAUCAACAUCGACUAUCUCAAGGCGGUUAACAAGGCCACUGUUUGUGAACAGAUAUGUUACUUACGAACCUUAACCAGCUUGCCAAUAAUAUUCAGUGUGAAAACUGAAUCUCAAGGUGGCAAGUUGAAUGAUGCAGACUUGGACUUGGUAGAAAGCUUGUACGAUGUGGGAUUCAAAUUGGGAGUCGAAUACGCUGAUAUACAGAUGGACUUACCAGGUGAAUUAUUGCACAAAAUUGUGUCCAACAAAAGAUUCACCAAGUUAAUUGCGUCUUAUAGAAGUGAAAGUGACUGGAUUUCUGCUGAAUGGGUCAAUAAGUACAACUUGGCUGUCGCUUUGAAUGCUGAUGUUGUCAAGUUGGUGGGUGUGGCCAAACAGUUCCAAGAUAACUUCACCUUGGAGCAGUUCAGAGCUUCACACUCGUCGAUUCCAUUGAUUGCCUACAACGAAAGAGAAGCUGGAAAAUUGACGAAGAUCACCAACACUAUCUUCACGCCAGUAUCUCAUGAUUUGUUGAACUCUAACGAGUUGACAGUACCCGAAUCCAAUUACGCCUACAGUCUUGUGGGUGGUUAUACCAGCUUGAAGUUUUGGAUUGUUGGUGAACCUGUUUCACAUUCAAGAUCUCCCCCAUUGCACAAUUCUGCGUACGAGAAAUUGAAGUUGCCAUAUACAUUCGACCGAUUUGAGUCGUCUGAUGCUGCCAAAGUUUUCAGCACUUUGAUAGAAAAUGUUGACGACUUUGGUGGAUUGGCAGUGACGAUGCCGUUGAAAAUCGAUAUGAUGAAGUAUGUAAGUGAAUUAUCAGUCUCAGCCAAAGUCAUUGGAGCCAUCAACACGGUGAUUCCACUUGCGAGUCACCCAGGUAAAUAUUUUGGUGACAACACCGACUGGGUUGGAAUUAAGAACUCGUUUGUCAGAGAUGGCGUGCCAAAUAUCACGAACAUGCCGGUUAAUGGUCUUGUUAUUGGAGGUGGAGGCACCUCGAGAGCUGCUCUUUUCGCGUUGCAUGAUAUGGGCUGCAAAAAAAUUUAUAUGGUGAACAGAACGGUGCUGAAGAUUGUUGAUAUCAAGAACACGUUCCCAAGUGAGUACAACAUUGAGAUCUUGGACUCUAUGGAUGCAGUAUCGAAGGCCGAUCCUGUUUCCAUUGCUGUAUCAUGCGUUCCAGCGGAUAAGCCACUUGAUUCGAGUAUCGCUGAGAAAGUGUCUGCCAUCUUGGAGAACGGAAUUGCCGCAAAGGUUGGGGACUUUGUGCCUUCGCUUCUUGAUGCUGCGUACAAGCCGGCAGUGACUCCCAUGAUGGAACUUGCCAAAACCAAGUACCACUGGAAUGUAAUUAGAGGAGUUGAGAUGCUAGUAAAUCAGGGUGAAAAGCAGUUUGAGAUUUUUACUGGGAUAGUUCCACCGUACGAUGCUAUCCACGAUGCCGUCUUGUCUUUGGACUAA